GUCACCUACCAAGAAAAAAGGUUCCGCGAAAAAGCAAGGUUUGUGUUUAGAAAGGAAUUUAGUGAUAAAAUACGCUGUGACGACAUAAUAUUGAGUGAGAUAACAUGCGAGAGUGAAUCAUACAAUAGUAUACAAACUCGGUCGUCCUUUAUCAGUGCAAUACAGUGAGUAAUGGUGUCCGCAUCUCAGCGCAGUUUUCGACGGCCGUAACCCGUCGAUUUACUAUAUAAUAUGCUGGGCAAACAGAACAUAGAAGAGGAAUUAUGAUGCCCAUGGUGUAUACGGUGUAUGGCUUCGCCAUAUUCUUCAUGCUCGCAUGGGUGGUGCUGUGGUGCCUGCACAUCCUGGCGCUGUCGUACUCGAAGUGGAAGCUCCACCGGAGCGUGGACCGCGCGCCGCCGGAGACGCCGUACCUGGGCGUCUCCAUCCUCAAGCCGCUGUCCGGCGUCGACCCCAACCUGCUCUCCAACCUGGAGACGUUCUUCUCGCUCGACUACCCGACCUACGAGCUGCUGUUCUGUGUCGAGGACGAGCACGACCCGGCCGUGCUGCUGGUGCACAGCCUCAUGCAGAAGCACAGCCACGUGGACGCGCGCCUGUUCGUGGGCGGGCUCAGCGUCGGCGUGAACCCCAAGAUCAACAACAUGCAGCCGGCGUGGCUGGCGGCGCGCCACCCGCUGGUGCUGGUCAGCGACGCGGGGCUGCGCAUGCGCGACGACGCACUGCUCGACAUGGUGCAGCAGCUGGCGCCCGACGUGGCCAUCGUGCACCAGAUGCCCUUCACCUGCGACGCGGAGGGGUUCGCCGCGGUCUACGAGAAGAUCUACUUCGGCGCGUCGGCGGCGCGCAUGUACCUGUGCGCGGACCUGCUCGGCAUCAACUGCCACGUGGGCAUGUCGUCGCUGGUGCGCCGCGCCGCGCUGGAGGAGGUGGGCGGGCUGGCCGCCUUCGGCGACUACCUGGCGGAAGACUUCUUCAUGGCGCAGGCGGUGGUGGCGCGCGGCUGGCGGCUGCGCGUGGCGUCGCUGCCGGCGCUGCAGAACUCGGGCGCGCGCUCCGUGGCCGCGCUGCAGGCCCGCCUGGCGCGCUGGGCUAAGCUGCGGCUGCACAUGGUGCCGAUAACCACCAUGCUGGAGCCGCUGAGCGAGUGCCUCCCGCUCGGGGCCGGCGCUGCGUGGGCCGCGUCGCAGCUGUUUGGUGCUGAACCUCUGCCUUUCUUUUUGGUGCAUGUGCUACUGUGGUUCUUGUCGGACUGGCUGCUAUUGUGUUCAUCGCAGAAUGGAUCACCUCCGUUCUCUAAAGUAGAGUUCCUUUUGGGCUGGAUCUGGUGUGAGUGCUGUGCGCCGCUGCUGCUUGUGACCGCUAUCACAAGGCCCGAGAUCUCGUGGCGGACUCGCUGCUAUAAACUGGACUGGGGUGGUAAAGCCCAUGAGUUGAAACCGAAGCUCAAGUUCUGAGUGAGAUGUAUCUUAGUAACAAUAUUUUGUUCUACUGCAUGGUUGUACUCUCAGUUACGUAUAUAUUUGGAAUAUUUUUAUUCUGAAUGGGUAUCCUUUCAACCAUGACUGAAUUUGUGAGGAGUGUUUGUGAUAUUUAUAAAAUACUUAAGUUUUAUUUAAUUUUUAUUGAAUCAUGGUCACUUGUUGCUUUGCUGAAUGUGCUGUAAAUAUUCAUUAUAAUUUGUUUGAGAUGUUAGCAAUGUGUAAAUAUUUGUUACUAUGUAACAGAAGAAUGUCAAAUAGCAAUACUUAAUACUUGAAUGUAUAAUAAAGCGAUUGUUUAAACCUUAUCAAUUAUGAAACCAUUUUCCAAUACAAAAUGUCUAUCUAA